AUGGAUGAAGAUGACCGCGAGUUCAGCCAGAGCCUCGUGUGGAAUUAUUUUGAGCAGGCAGAAUCGACGUUUCAAAAAAUGGAUGGAGCUUUGUAUGUCGACAAGGACGGAGGGACUUACAAUUACAGGAUAGCAAAAUCGCUGGAGGAAUUGUCUACUCUAGGCCACUUUUUGAAAGGCUCGUCAGCUGCGGUUGGCGUCAUAAAAGUGCGAGACAGCUGUGAAGCCAUCCAACACUACGGAAAGUGUCAUGAACCGGAUGGAGUAACACAACUGGACCCUGACACGGCCCUGUUGCGUCUCAAAGAUACGCUCCAUAAUGUCAAGGAACAAUAUGAGGAGGCAAGAUCCACACUGCGUGCCUUUUUCCGUGUGCAGUCAUGA